AUGAAUGUUGUGAUGGAACGAAAGGUGUUAGGAGAGAAGUCCCAGGACUUCUCUCUAAAGACUUCCCUAAGUCUUACAGACUUUCACAACAAUGAUCUGUAUAUUUGGCAAUGGUUCCAGUUUAUUUAUCAGUCACAACUGUUACUAGCUGAACGGAAACAAAAACGGAAAGCUGAAACUCAUAAGACGGUGCCAUGUCAAGCCUGGAAAGAUACUGGUCGUUGUAAUUACGGGAAACGUUGCAAGUUUGCACACGGCCCGGAAGAGUUAAGGCCGAUGCCAAAAGCAGAAGUGAAAGUUUUUAACAAUCCUCGUUAUCGCACUGCGCUGUGUAUCAAAUACACAACAUUUGGUUAUUGUCCUUACGGUGAUCAGUGUCACUUCAUCCACGAUCCGGUACGAAUAGAUUUAGAAAAGUGUCUGGAUUGGUUAUCAGGAUCUUCUUUGUCGUCACCACAGCUUUCUCCUGAACAAACAGAUGAUUACUUGGAUAAUACUUCUUUUUCUGGAACCAAAUCAGAAGCUGUACAAUUGGAGAAAUGUAGAAAAAAGAGUCAGUUGGAGCUAACUACCGAAUCAGAAUGUUCAAAGGCAAAAUUAAGUUCAUCUUGGGGAUCAGAAUCCAUGUCAUCGAUAGAAAUAGUGCUAGAAAAUGAUGUGAUCGAGGCGACGGCACCACACGAUCCAUUUCGGAGUGACAAAGUUUGCAGUGAAGAAAUUGAGCUUAAACCCUUGCAAUUUAAUGUAUACGACGACUUCCUCGAUAUAAUUAAUUCCCAAAGUGUGCUUCCAAAGAAGUAG